AUGAAAAAGAAAAAGAAGAGUGUCGAUAUGCACAUUUGGAAGGAUGCAUUAAAUGAUUUCGAAGUGUCUCGGAAAAAUAAAUAUAGUUUAACUCAAGAUACGAUACAUGGAAGAUUAAGACCUGAACCUGAAAUUGUCGAACAUGUAUUAGAAGAAUUAGAGGAUAAAAUAAGACAUUAUUUUAAUUUAUAUAAAAAUGAAAAAGAGAAAAGAACAAAUUCUGAAUCAAAUAAUUAUUAUUUACAAAAAGAAAUAUAUAAUGCAUAUGAAGCAUUGGAUAAAAAUAAUAUGUAUACUAAAAAACUUGAAGACAAAUUAGAAAAUAUAAAAGAAAAUCAAAGUUCAUUAAUUGAUACUGUACGUAGAAUAGAUUUAUUAUAUAUUCAAUUAGAUACAUUAGUACAAUCAUUUGCUGGUGUAUGUACUCAAAUAGCAUCUGACACAGCUGAAAGUAGUGAUAAUAUAAAUAAAAAAAAAAAAACAAUGAAAAUGUUGUUAGAUUAUAUAUAUCCAUGUAGAACCCUUGACCCACGUAUAAAUUCUUUAUAUGGAAUGUUAUAUUACCAAUCAAUUGGUUUAUUAAAAGAUGGUAAAUUUAUAAGUCCUCCUAUACCCCCUAUACCUCCUUUAGUUCCAUCAGAAGAUUUAAAUGGUUGGCUACCUCCAUCAGAUUAUGUUCCAAAUCAUCAAAUUGAAUAUACCAAUAAUGGAGAUUUGGUUAAAAGUAUGAGCAGUGGAGAAAAUAAAAACAGUUUUUCAGAUUUAAUAAAAAUGUACAAGCAAGGUAAUAAUAAUGAUAGUUAUGAAGAGUUUUUUUCAAAAUAUAUUAAAGAAGAACAAGAUAAAUUAGAAAAUAAUGAAAAUGUUCAUAAUGUUUUAAAAAUAUCAAAUGAUGGUAAUAAUAAUAAUAUGAGUAGUGAUCAAAAUGGUUAUUUAAUUUCUCAAGAUUUACAAUCUUUUGAAAUAAAUAUUAAUAAUUUAGAAAUAAAAUAUUUAAAUGGAAAUCCUAAAAUAAUAUGUGUCGUUAGAUAUGAUAGUGAAAGUGCAAUAUCUGCAAUACAAAAUACACAAAGAGUUACAAGACCUAAAGAUCGAAUAGAUAUAGAUUCAAAUAUUGAUUAUCUAACAUUUAAUAUAAAUAGUAGAAUAUUAUUAGAUAAAUUACCAGAAAAAAAAACAGGUGAUAUACCAAGUUUUAUGAUAGAUAUUCAUGAUGUAAGCGGUAAAGUUUUAGUAGGUACAUCAAGAUGUUCAUUUAUUAGUGAAAAAACUUUAAUAAAUAAUGCACCUUGGGAUAUAUAUUCAAGAUUAAAUAAAUCAAAACCCGAGAUAAUUGGUAAAAUUUAUGUAUCAGUAUAUCCGAAACCAAAUAAUUCAAUUUUACCUGCAGAAGUCUUUAAAAAUUUAAAAAGAAAUAACAAAAAUACAAAUAUUAUGCACAAAUUAAAUCCAUCAAAAGCUACUCAAAUUUUGACUAACACUCAUAAUCCAAAUAUGGUAAAUACUGAUACUAAAAUUGAAUAUAAAACCGUAAAGGUUUUUCAAAAAAAUGCAGUUUUAAGUAAAGCUAUUUAUGAAAAAGAUCAGGAACCAAUACCCCAGUUGGAAAAAAUUGGACCAAACAAUAAUAAGACGACUACAUUGGGAAAGCGUGGACAAAAAGUUACCUUCAAACCUUAUGUCUCUAAAAGCGACAAAAAUGGUAAGAUCUUCGAUAUAUGGUGGGCGGCCCAUCACUCCUCCAUCACUCCUCCAUCACUCCUCCAUCACUCCUCCAUCAUUAUCGAAUCUGAGGAAAAGAAGCCGGCAGAAGAAGCAAAGGGAAAUGAAGACAAAUCGAAGGUGACUACUGAGAGCAGCGAUACAGACAAUGCAAAAAGUGAGAACGAACAAACUACAUCAGUUAUGAGUCGUAUCAGACAAUUGACAAUGAAAUUCGAAGCUGCUAAAAAUAAGACAGAAGGGAAUCAGAACAAUACACCAUUGAAAUUGCCAUUUCGUGUGAAGGGAAAAGAAAAUAAUGAUGAAAAGGUAUUGGAAAAAAACAAAUCUGUCGAAAAAAACAAAUUUGCUGAAAAGGGCAAAACUGCUGAAAAAAACAAAUUUGCUGAAAAGGGCAAAACUGCUGAAAAGGGCAAUAUCGUUGAAAAGGGCAAAACCGUUGAAAAGGGCAAAAUCGUUGAAAAGGGCAAAACUGUUGAAAAAAAACAAUUUCCAGUUAUGAAAGAUGGAGUAAUGAAAGUUAAGUUGGUGUCCUUAGGGAAGACAAAUGUUUUAAAAGAUGAUAAAACAAAAGAAGAGAUGAAAUCGGAUGAGAAUGAUGAAGAUAAAAAAACGGAUGAGGAUAAAGAGGAUAAAAAAAUGGAGGAAGAAAAAACACCAAUUGAUGUAAAAAAAAUAAGUUCUGUAAAUAAACUAAAGCCAGCUCUUAAAAUGAAAAUCGGACCAAAUAAAGAUAACUUAAAAAAAAUUCUUGCAAGUAAACAAAUUAAUAAGGAGGGGAUAGAAAAGGCAAGUCAAAUUGGGCAAAACAAAAUAAGUGAGGAAAAGGAGGAAGCCAAAGCAGUGGAAAAGGGAGAAGCCAAAGUAGUGGAAAAGAUAGGAGGUAAGGUAGCGGAAAAGAUAGGAGGUAAGGCAGCGGAAAAGAUAGGGGCUAAGGCAGCGGAAAAGAUAGGAGUCAAGACAGCGGAAAAGGAAACAAUUAAAGAAAAAAUGUUAUCUAUGUUUAAGGCAAAAAAAAGCAAAGCUGAAAUUCCACCAAAGGAAAUACCAUUAUCUGUAAAACUUGGUGAUGCUGCUCCGAUUUUAAAAAAACCAAUUAUGAAACCACCACCACCUUUAAAUGAGUCAAAAUCUAGUAAUGAAGAUCCUGAUCUAAAAAGCAUAUUAGAAAAAGCAAAAAAAAAAGCAGUACUUAUUGACAAAAAUAAAAUACAAGUUAAAUUACCAAAGAAAUUUGAAAUGAAAAAAGAGAUUAAAAAGUUUGUUCCAAAACUAGCGAAUGUUGAUUAA